AUGUCUGGUCGAUUUUCUGGUAAAGACGCAAUCAUCACCGGUUCCUCUUUUGAAAUUGGAAGAGCAACUGCUCUUCUUUUUGCCAAAGAAGGAGAAAAAGUUACUGUGACUGGAAGAAGUGAGGAACGACUUCAAGGAUCUCGAUAAGUUCUAUUAGAUGCUGGAAUUUUGGAGAGCAAUAUUCUUAUUGUUCCGGCUGAUACUACCAUCUCCACCGGACAAGAUGCUCUGAUUAGUAAGACUUUGGAAAAGUUCGGAAAGAUUGAUAUUCUCGUGAACAAUGCUGGAGCAUCUCUUCCUGAUGAUCAGAAUAAAACUGGAGUUGCACAAUCGAUUGAGACUUUUGAAAAAGUAAUGAAUCUGAAUGUGCAGAGUGUAAUUGAAAUGACUCAGAAGAUUCACCCGCAUCUUGCAAAAACUCAUGGAGAAAUUUUCAAUGUCUCCAGCAUUGUAGCUUUGAAGUUUGGCUCGGGCCGAGGCCCAUACUACCCAUUGGCAAAAGCUGCUCUUGAUCAAUACAUAAGAAGUGCUGCAAUUGAUUUGAUUUCUGAAGGGAUUCGAGUAAACACCGUGAAUCCAGGAGUUGUGGCGACUGGAUUCAUGGAAGUUGCCACAGGAUUAUCUUCCGAGCAAUCUCAGACGUUCUACGAUAACGUUGGUUCUAAUCCAUCUGCAAUUCCAUGUGGUUAUUCCGGAAGACCAGAACAGAUCGCUAAAGCAAUCGCCUUCUUAAGUUAGCAGACCGUGAAUCAUCUGAAUACAUCGUUGGACAAAAUAUUAUUGCUGACGGUGGAAGCAGUUUGGUUCUUGGACUUCACGCACA